AUGGCCAAUGAGAAUCACGGAAGCCCUGCGGAGGAAGCGUCUCUCAUGAGUCACUCACCUGGCACCUCCAACCAGAACCAGCCCAGCUCCCCCAAACCUAUGCGACUGGUACAGGACCUGCCAGAUGAGCUGGUGCAGGCUGGCUGGGAGAAGUGCUGGAGCAAGCGUGAAAAUCGCCCUUACUACUUCAAUCGCUUCACUAACCAGUCUCUGUGGGAAAUGCCUGUUCUGGGACAGCACGAUGUCAUUUCAGACCCUCUGGGAUUGAAUGCGGCUCCAAUGCCACUGGAAGGUGGGAUGAUAGAUACCUCUGUGGAGAGCAAGCAAAGGAAGAGGAGAUUCUCUGAAGAGGUUCCACCGAGCGGCAACAGUGUGAAAAAGCCCAAGGUGGACGUCCCAGGGAACCCAGCUGCUCAGCCAGUCCCCAGCUCUCCCAGUAUUCCAGGAACCUCUGUUUUGAAGGCAUGGUGUGUUUCACCCGAAGAUAAACAACAGGCAGCUCUUCUACGACCAACUGAAGUAUAUUGGGACCUGGACAUUCAGACAAAUGCAGUGAUUAAGCAGAGAGCACCAUCUGAAGUGCUUUCUCCACACCCUGAGGUGGAGCUGCUUCGAUCCCAGCUCAUUCUCAAGCUGCGGCAACAUUAUCGUGAGCUCUGCCAACAGCGAGAAGGGAUUGACCCCCCAAGGGAGUCCUUUAAUCGCUGGAUGUUGGAGAGGAAGGUGGUUGAUAAAGGGACAGAUCCUCUUUUACCGAGUGACUGUGAGCCAGUAGUGUCUCCUUCCAUGUUCAGAGAGAUCAUGAAUGACAUUCCCAUCAGGUUAUCCAGAAUCAAGUUCCGCGAGGAAGCCAAGAGACUGCUCUUCAAGUAUGCCGAGGCUGCAAAACGGCUGAUUGAAUCCAGGAGUGCUUCUCCAGACAGCAGGAAGGUGGUGAAGUGGAACGUGGAGGACACCUUCAGCUGGCUGCGACGGGACCAUUCUGCCUCUAAGGAGGACUACAUGGACCGCCUGGAGCACUUACGCAAACAAUGUGGGCCCCACGUGUCUGCUGCAGCAAAGGACUCUGUUGAAGGCAUCUGCAGUAAGAUUUACUACAUAUCCCUUGAAUACGUCAAGCGGAUCCGGGAGAAGCAUCUUGCCAUCCUCAAAGAGAACAAUAUAUCUGCUGAGGUAGAAGCUCCUGAAGUCCAGGACAGGCUUGUAUACUGUUACCCAGUGAGACUGGCCAUCCCCUCCCCACCACUCCCCAGCGUGGAAAUGCACAUGGAAAACAAUGUGGCAUGUGUGCGGUACAAGGGGGAGAUGGUGAAAGUGAGCCGCAACUACUUCAGCAAGCUGUGGCUUCUCUAUCGGUACAGUUGCAUUGAUGACUCUGGCUUUGAAAAGUUUCUGCCCAGGGUUUGGUGCCUUCUCCGUCGAUACCAGAUGAUGUUCGGUGUGGGUCUAUACGAAGGAACUGGUCUGCAGGGGGCACUUCCUGUGCACGUCUUUGAAGCUCUCCACAAACUCUUUGGAGUGAGUUUUGAAUGCUUUGCAUCGCCCCUGAAUUGCUAUUUUAAACAGUACUGUUCGGCCUUCUUGGAUACAGACGGGUAUUUUGGAUCCAGGGGCCCGUGCCUGGAUUUCUUCCCUAUAAGUGGCUCUUUUGAGGCAAAUCCUCCGUUCUGUGAGGAGCUGAUGGAUGCCAUGGUCUCUCACUUUGAGAAACUGCUGGAGAACUCCAGUGAGCCUCUCUCCUUUAUCGUCUUCAUCCCUGAGUGGCGGGAUCCUCCUACACCAGCCCUGACCCGCAUGGAGCAGAGCAAGUUCAAGCGGCACCAGCUCAUCCUGCCAGCCUUUGAUCACGAAUACCGCAGCGGGUCUCAGCACGUCUGCAAAAAGGAGGAGAUGUACUACAAGGCCGUGCACAACACAGCCGUCCUCUUCCUGCAGAACAGUGCGGGCUUCGCCAAGUGGGAGCCCACGCCGGAGCGGCUGCAGGAGCUUGUUGCAGCCUACAAGCAUUCAGGCCGGACCCUCAGCUCCUCAUCCUCUUCCUCGUCAUCCUCCUCCUCUUCCUCCUCCACAGCAGACAAAGAGCGGGAGCUGGGCCGAGAGCAAAGCAGCAGCCGGGAGACCAAUCCCAACUAAGGUGCAGAGGUGCAAGGCAGCAGGGGAGGUGCCGGCGGCCCCAAGGAGGCUUGCUGGGGCAGUGGAGAGACUGCUGGCUGCGCAGCACCGGCCUGGGGGACUCUACCGCAGCAGCUCCACGGCACCUGCUUUCCUCUGCGAACUGCAUGCCGCCCCUGCCCAGGAGCGCCAGGGAGCACCCGGCCACCGGCGGGGAGAGGAGGUUCAGCUGCAGCCCUCGCCGGAGGUGCAAGGGAACCCAGCAUGGCGCGGCAGGAGGAGCAGCCAGCCCCUUCGAUGCC